AGAGCUUGGCGGAAAUUGAAAAGCGGAUAUGAAAGAGACCCGUUAUGGUAGUUCCGGUCAUGAAAACUUAGCUUUAGUCAGCUUUCAAAACAAAUUUUCCGCAAGCAACUUGUGCUAAAAUGAUUCUCUUUUUGUUGGCGUUUUUAACACUUUCAAAAGCUUCUUUAGGGGAUGUCAUCUGUCAAGAAGACAUUUUCGAAUCGUGCCCUCGCCCGAAGCUUUUCUCUAUGGUUCCAGUGGAUAAAGCAGAAUAUGAUGCCUUGUGCCCAUUUCUUAAGGACUACAUUAUGUGCUUAGGACGGUUCCAGAAAGAUUGCACUACAAAAUUUUUUGCUACUCCUGAAGAAUAUACAAGUAUCCUCACUGCCUUUUCAGAAUUCUGUGAAGAGGGCUCUUUGCUCAAUAUAAUUGUAACCGAAAAUCUCAAGUGCUUAAAUGAAAGUCUCGGCAACUCCUUUUGCACAGUCCAAGCAAAUACCAUGGCAACUACUUUCGAGGAUUUGCUGUCGGUUGUGACUGAAACUGAUGCAGAAAUUCCUCAUGUAGGGAGUGUAUGUCUGCGGGAGUCUUUCCUGGUUGCUUGUACUGCAGAUGAAAUUGCUGCGAAAUGUAGUUCUCUCGUGAAAGACGCCGCCCUCGAAAUGAUACAGCGGAGUUACCUGAUUCAAGAAGCAUGCUCUUUGGAAGAUAUAAUAAAUAUCCUCGAAAAUGGAAGUCUCGUCGAAUUAACACCAAGUUAUCAAGAAAUUUUAAACAAUGCUCUGGAACAAAUGAGCUAAUUUCCAUUGCUAAAAUGAGUUAAGGAGGCAAUUCGUUUGUAUUAAGAAUUCAAUAAAUACUUUUAGCAAUGUA